AUGGGUAUUUGUGCCAUAGCUGCUGGAACACCAACAACCACCCUGGAACAACAGCAACAAGGUAGCCCGGGAACUAAAGAGGAGUCCCCGGUACAGCAGAGUCUUCCAAAACUACCAGUACUGGAGGAACUGGAAGCCACACGGAGUCCACGGAAGAACCAUUAUCAAGAACCACGGAAUUUAACGAACAUUGCCUUGAGGCGUCAGGUGGAAGGCAUAACAGAACAACAGAAGCGUCAGAGGCAAGUGUUGUCAGUUAAUUCAGGGCAACAGAACUCUCAGUGGGGUUCUCUGUCCUUCAGUAAGUCAGUAACACGGAGACCACUGCCAUCUUGGCGACCUGAAGACAAGCGACCAGUACAGCGACUGCCAAGGUUGUUGGCGCAACGGAACCAGCAGUUGCAGCAACAGCAUCAACAACAGGAGCAGGAGCAGCAUGAACAGCAGCAGCACCACCAGCAAAAGCAACAGCAACUACAGCACCAACAUCAACAACAGCAGCAGCACCAACAGAAACAGCAGCAGCAGCAGCAGCACCAACAGUUUCGACAGCAACAACCACGUCUGCAACAUUCAAAAACAGAGAACACAAGAAACGGAGCACGGUUCCAUCUGGAUCUAGUAUUUUCUUCACCCCGGCCCUCGGAACAAGAACGUCCGUCUACUAUCCCUGAUGCUUCCCGCACUGCCCGUCCUAUCACCUUCCAUCUAGCCGGCCGUAGCCGGCACCGACAACACCCUCCAUCCCGCAACAAGGAUGGUUUGGGCACACGGCAAGAAGAAAUACGGUCUAGACCGCGGUCGCGAUACGUACGUACGCGAUUUUUAGGACAACGGCAGAACUCAACCGCGUUCACCACCUCCGCUCCGGAAUACGAGACUAUGUCCAGCACUAGUACCACGCAGACUACUCAACUAGCAACCCAGCCUCCUGAGACGUCUGCAGCAGACCUCGCUCUCAAUCUUCAGCGUAUCAGGGAGCUCUUUUCACAAGCACAAGCUAGAGCUAAAGCCGCUCAAGCUUCAAAGAGCGUUGAGCUCUCUGAGGGCGCCAAGAACGAGGAGGUGACUUUGCACAGUCACUAUUCCUCUGCUUAUUCUAGAGUGAGACACAAUGGGUCAGCAGUGACUGUCAAGUAUGUUCGACCUCCCACAACACCUUCAGCACCCGCAACACAUUCAACGCCUUCAACACCCGCAAUACAUUCAACACCUUCAACAUUCUUGGCCACUACACCAACUCUUGGAAUCACACUCGCUUCGCCGUUACCAGCAGUGUCCCAAGUGCCUUCAACUUCAACUAUGCUCGUACCGCCAACACCAGUUGUACCUCCAACACCAGUUGUGCCUCCAACACCAGUUGUACCUCCAACAUCACUUGUGCCUCCAACAUCACUUGUGCCUCUAACUCUAUCAACCAAACCCAUACCUCUAGUAACUUCAACCAUCUCUCCAACGCAAUCAGUUCAAUCCAUACCUCCAACUAUACCAACUAAGCCCAUACCUCGAUCAAUAUCAACUACACCCACAUCUUCAACAUCAUCAGCUUCACCCACACCUUUAAGAACAUCAACUACACUCACACCUUCAACAUCAUCAGCUACAGCCAUACACGUAGUACCACCUGGGCCCACACCUGCCCCUGGGUUAGUAAAGUCCAGAUCUCUGACCCCAGUUUCCUACAGUUGAGACUCUUAUCCUGGCCACCACACAGACCUCAGUCACCAUACCCACAUAUCUUAGUUCAUUCAUCACACCCACGCCAGAAAAGCCAGUCACCACACCCACAAUUCAAGCACCAGUCACCACACCACCACAAACACCAGUCACCACAGCACAAACACCAGUCACCACACCACCACAGACACCAGUCACCACACCACCACAA